UCAAAGGUUGGAAUAGUUCAUUAUGAAAUUACAGAGGAAGAUGAGGAUAGUUUUGAAAAAAGGCGGGACCAUCUACUUGAAGUCUGCAACUCUAGUUUCGUUGAUAAAUCGGGUCAAACAUUUCCGAAUGUGAAAAGCAAGUACCUCUUGUACGAUUCUAAACAUAACUUUGUCUUCUGUAUGGUACAGAAAGUAGGCUGCACAUUCUGGCGACGAGUAUUCUAUUCACUAAAACACAAGGAAAUUUCAAAUAUAUAUUCCAUUAAUAAUCAUAAAGUCCAUGAUAAACAUAUUCCUACCUUAGGGCAGUUCGAUGUCAUUGAAGCCAAACGUGUUUUAAGAUCAGCAACAACGGCAAUGUUUGUUAGAGAACCUUACGAACGUGCUUUUUCUGGAUACUUAGAUAAGCUUCACACAAUAAAUCCUAAUUACAUGAAAAAUCUUGGGAGGCCUAUCAUAAAAAUGAUGAGGAAAAAUGCAACAACUAAAAGUUUAAACUGUGGUCAUGAUGUGACAUUCACAGAACUGAUACGAUAUUUAGUGGAACAGAAAAGAAAUGGUCAGCUACUAAACAUCGAUCACCAUUUCUCACCUAUAUACACUCACUGCUUACCUUGCGAUAUCAAAUACGAUUUUAUAGGUAAAAUGGAAUCUUUUGACGAAGAUACGUCAUAUGUGAUGAGUAAAACCAACAUGUUUCAGAAUAAAUCAAUUUCAAUGUCAAAAAAUGCCUCUAUAAUAGAUGACCUAUACACUAAGAUGAUAGAUGCGUUUAACGCUCAGAAAACAAUGUCAGAUUGUAUGACCUUGAGAGAGAUGUAUGGUCGUGUUUGGAGGACACUCCAACUUCGUGGCUUAGUGAACCCGGAUGUACCGAUGCCCGAUUCUCAAAACGUUACCUUGGAUAUGAUGCUCCGCGAGGCGGUCAAGGUCAGUGACCCAUCACGUGUGUCCGAGUACAAACACGAAGGGUUUGUUAAGAUGUAUAAAACUGUGGACAGACAGCUACUGCUAGAGUUUAGGGAGUACGUUCUGAAAGACUGUAAACUAUUCGGAUAUGACGAUAAACCUCCAGAUCUAUUUUCAUGGCAACGAUAAGAUAUGUGUGUGUUCGAUAUCUGUUAUGGUAUUGUGAGAAAACAGGUAAUACUAACCUAAAUGUUUUUAUGCUCUCCUUGUAUAUCCCUUUAUUGCCAACUUAGUAUUAUAUCGGCGUAUGUAGCAGCUAUCACUGGUGUAGGGUAUUUGCUUAGUCGGAUGUUUGCUUUUGAGACGACCGGAUUUCGCCGGAAAUUGGAAUGCACAGAGAUCGACAACAAAGCCAGCCAUACAAGGAGGGACAUUAUUCCUACACAAGCGCCGACCAUCAGUGCUGCCCAUGUACUGAAAUCAGCACAACCAUGUUAGGGAACGUUAUGAUAGACUUAAGGGUGUUGUUAGCUCAGGGGGGAGGGGUUGGGUAUCAUUGAUGCACGUAUCAUUUAUCAUGUUUUAACGACGAACUUAGCCGUGGUUUAUCAAAUAAAC